AUGCCCCUGAUCAUGGAUGAAAGUAUCAAUGUGGACGAUCUCUUCGGAGAGGCCCAUUCCUUGGAUCUGGGGCUGCCCCCGCCGGCCGCUCUCCCCUCCACGAAAGGUCUGGCCCAGUGCAUCGAUGAGAUGCGAUUACUGGGUUGCCGCCAGAGAAUAGCCUGGUCCCGGUUAGGGGCCAUCGCAUACAUUUCCGCAGAUGGUGUGCGAGUGUGUGUGCGGAAUCUCCAAUCCAGUCCCUCGGACGGGACAUGGGGGUUGAGUGAUGAAUUCCCUCUUGCCCCAGUGACAGAAGCGCACAGUGGCAAUCAAUUGCUUCAUUUGUCAUGGAGUGAUGCUGGUUCGGAGCUCGCUGUCGUGGACUCGAUGGGUCGAGUCUCCAUCUAUUCUAUCUUCAUGGCCCUCAACAACAUCACAGGCCUGCGACAGGCAACCUACGACUCUGGAGACGACAGCAAUCAGAUCGUCGGAUUGAUGUGGCUCAAUCCCGGUCGACAGGUACAUGCGUUCCAACAAGCUGCCAAAUUGAACAACCGAUGGGCUUAUUCUCCGUUCCGAUGGCGGCCGACUCAUCCGUCUCAUCCGGCGGGAAAAAGCUCGUUGAUCACGGUCACCCGAGCCGGUCAGAUCAGAUUGAUGUAUCAAAACAUCGACAGCAAGUGGGCUGAAGUUCCCGCGGAACUGAAGAACACAGGUCACUCAGAUAGACUAUUGACCCAUGCGACAAUGGUCGCCACGCAAGGAACCAUUCUGCUGGCGACGUACUCUGUCUGUCAGAAGCUCUGUCUGUAUCGGGUGGAAAUUGCCUGGAAUCCCAACAAAUGGGACCCGAUGGUGAUGAGAAGCCCAAACAAGUGGCCCGUGCCAGCUGUACGACUACUGCAUUACAAAAUUGAUAUGCCCAGCAGUAUCUGGGAUAUCGGUAACGACCCAAACCAGCACACGGAUCAAUCGUUACCAUUCGCCAACUCGGUAUACACCCUGACACGACUGGAAGUGAUUCCAGGACAAGUCGACAGUCCAACAGGGCCAACUACCACAAGUCCGUGGAUUCUAGGAGUUUUCUCCAAGCCUCUGCAUACAUCCUCAGAGUUUCCAGCCCAGCAGGGUCCUGCCAGUGUGAUUGUCCGAUGGCAGCUGGACUCCGCGCAGCAGUCCUUUCACCCCAAGUUCGACGAAGUCGUAUCCAAGAAGUCUCACGUACAAGUAAGGCCGAAAAUCGAAAUGCGACGGCUAGAGAAUAUAUACUUGGACAAGUACGUGAUUUCCGUCGACCCGAUGGAGCAUGUCACAGCACCAGCUUUGACAUUCACCCACGACGACGGAACAAUCACUUCCUAUGAAACCAAAACCAUGGCUGUUUUCAGCGGUCUAGAAGAUCCUAGUACUGUAAACUGUCUGGCACAGGCCGGAUUCCGAUUCCCUCCAAGUACACCAGGUCUUUCGAUCGCCUUCUCUCCCAACUCCUGCGCUGCCGUAGUGCUGGACUGUGAGGGCCAGCCGCGACUGAGGUGGAUGGAGCACAAUUUCGGGUCGAGUGGUGGACUUUACGACGAAAGCAAAUUCUCGGCUGCCAUUGCGGCACUGACCCUAGCUUUCAGUCGGGGCUCUGGUAGUGAUUCCAACACGGACGACAUCAUGAUGAUUGUUUUGGGCCAGUUACCUCCGGAUAAUCAACCCGCAUUUCUAGGCGAAGUUUAUCGAGCACUCUCUGUCAAUUGCAACUUUACGGUAGAGCAAGAUAAGCUAUUGACACACGCAUAUAUCCCCCGGGCACUAAGCCUGCAAGCCAGUCUUGGGUUCAGAGGCAAGAACAGACGUCGAAGUAUGCCUUCCGCCAUCGCAUGGGCUGUUUUGCAGAUGCGUCACUCUUCUGUGCUGUAUGCGGCCUACUUCCAAAACACCAAGAACGUUCCAGCAGAACAAAAUGACCCUGGAAUCCUUCACGCCCUGCUCGGAAACACGAAAUGGACUUUAGGCCUCUCCCAUUAUAUCCUCAAUGAGAUCUUUGAUCUUGCCGAUGACUUUGAAAGCGUGCUCCAUGAUACAGAGGCUUUCACCCAAAAGUUGAAAACCAUCACAUCGCUUCCGCUCCUCCUCAUUCUGUCGAGUAUGUCUCGUGCUUACAUGCGCUUUAUCUGCCGUGGCCUGCGUGGUAUCCGCGGCGGAUUCGAGCACGUCAACAUCGCUGCACUCGAACCCGAGUCUCGAACGUACUGGGUCGAGAUCUGCCGAGCUCUUGAAACAUCCCCUGUCCGCGUAGACGUCUACGAGAAGUUCCUCGCAGGCGUCGACUCUGCCGUCAAACACGCCUACCAGGGCUCCGGCUUCGGCGAUGCCGAACGACCCAGUCCUGAAAAGGAACUCACCGUGAACGCACGAAUUCCCCCCGUCCUCAUCCCCGCCGUUCAAACUCUCUUUACUCAAACCGUGCCAUCCAUCCGAUCGGAUAUCCAGAGGAAGGAAAUCGUUCUAGGCGACUACACCUGGCUUGGGCUGGAGAAUCACUCACGGAUGGCCGCGUAUCGCAAGCGUUGCGAGGUAGACAUCCUGAUGAAGGUACCCCUUCAACUUACGCUGGUCCAAUCGGACUCCUCUGCAGUGCAACCAAGUCGACGAAGGCGCUGUGUGCGUUGCUGUGAGGUUUCGGGGGAUGCAGGUCGGCCCCGGACGGGUCCGUGGACGAAAAUGAUGCAUCGGUUGAAUCAUCUGAGAAAUUGUGCUUGUGGCGGUGCGUGGGUAAUGGAGACGUCUGAAUCUGUGUCGCAAGGGGAUCUUUCGAAUACGGGCGCUGCCUUGAGUGGACCUGGGCAUGUUAACAUGGCUAAAGCCGUCGGUGCUGUGGGGUCUGCUUGA